AUGACUAGAAUACAAGGGUUGUUAUCUGCUCUUGAUGAGCUGCUACCAAAAGUUGACCAAAGGUUUUGUGUUAGGCACUUAUAUAGCAAUUUUAAGAAGAAGUUUCCUGGUGUCAAAUUAAAGGGAUUGAUGUGGAAGGCUGCUAAUGCAAGUCAUUCAAAUGCUUGGGAAACAAAUAUGUGUGAAAUGAAAGAGGUGAAUGAAGAAGCAGUCAAGCACCUUUGGAAGAUCCCACCAAGGUUCUGGAGCAAAUCUAGGUUUAGAAAUGGUCCAAAGUGUGACAAUUUGGUGAACAACAUGUCAGAAGCCUUUAACUCUGUAUUUGUAGCUGCAAGAGCCUAG